CAACGUUAUCGUAAGCGCAGCUCCGGCCUCAUAUCCAAUGGUUGUAGAAGCUAAAGUGACACCAUCGACCAUGAUGAAAGCGCAAGACCAACGGCAUGACUCACUAGACCUGCCUUGUACCUGUUUCUGCGGGGUUAGCGAGGUCAAUCGCGGUAAUAUGCGAUGUCGUAAGUGAAAUGGUGGAUUGUGCGAUCUGAUAACGCGUAGUGGGGACUGAUGCUAUUAUAUAUAAGGAAAGCAUAGAACCCCAGACGAAGGAUCUUUUCGUUCAUCAAAGACAAGACUGCUUUGUUACGACAGGCCAAACAUAGCUCAACAUGUCGACUACUGCUACCAUCACUCAACAGGCUGAGCGCAUCGUGCCGCUCAACGUCGAAGCCAACAAGUACCCAAAACCCCUUCAGCCCUCUGGAGCUCUCGACAAGUUCACCUUUGAAGAGUCGACCCCCGUCAUCGGACGUGAAUAUCCCAAAGUCAACCUCGUCGACGACAUCAUCAACGCCCCAAACGCAGACGAACUGAUCCGCGAUCUCGCCAUCACCAUCUCACAGCGAGGUGUCGUCUUUUUCCGCGCCCAAGACAACCUCACAGACGAACAGCACAAGCAGCUCGUCCACCGCCUCGGCGAACUAACCAACAAACCCAAGGACUCAACACUUCACAUCCACCCUCUCCUCAACAGCACCAAUGAAUUCGGCGUAGACGACAAUGAAAUCAGCGUUAUUUCAUCAAACGUUGAGUUCUUCCAGGACAGAAUCAAGGAUCGUGAUGAUCGAAAGCAAGGCGCUGCAAGCUGGCACAGCGAUAUCCAAUUCGAGCAGUAUCCCGCUGAUUACACGAGUCUGAGACUUACAAAACUCCCGGCAGGAGGUGGCGAUACGCUUUGGGCUUCGGGAUAUGAGCUCUAUGAUCGAUAUAGCGAUCCUUAUAGGAAGUUCUUUGAGGGCUUGACUGCUACGUUUUCUGGCGAAGGGUUUUUGAGGGCACGAGAUGCAAGACCCGAUCAUUAUAAGGUCUACGAGGAACCGAGAGGAAAUCCCGCCAAUAUCGGUGAUGAGCUCAAGGCUAUUCAUCCCGUUGUUAGAACAAACCCCGUCACUGGGUGGAAGUCUAUUUUUGCGAUCGGAAACUUCCCCAAGCGCAUUAAUGAGCUGAGUGAGCGUGAGAGCAGAGAGAUCUUGGAGUCGCUCUACAAGAGGAUUGAACAGAACCAUGAUCUUCAGGUUCGCUUCCGCUGGAGAAGUCCCAACGAUAUUGCAUUCUGGGAUAACCGCAGUGCAUUCCAUAGCGCCACGAAUGAUUACGAUGGUCUUGGUGAGCGCACGGGUCACAGGGCUGUAGGCAUUGGCGAGAAGCCUUACCUUGAUCCCAACAGCCUGUCGAGAACUGAGGCAUUGAAGAGAGCUUAGUAUGUGUUUAAAAGAAUAUUAGAUAAUGAACUUCUCGAGUUUGACCACACCUUCGCUUUUCUGCGCUUCAGACUUUUACCUGAAUUCUUGAUAAGAUUUCACCUAAUCUCUUGAUACGCUUAUCCCAUUGAACCCCAAGAUGCUCUUGGCUUGCAC